AUGGAGCAAAGAAGAGAUCAUCAAGAUAACUGCUACGCUGGACCUCAAGAUGCAGCCUGUGAUUCAUGCACUGGAAGGAAAAGGAAAGCUGUCAAAUCCUGUCUGGUCUGUUUGGUUUCUUAUUGUGAGGAUCACCUCCAACCUCACUAUGAUUCUCCCAAUUUUAAAAAGCACAAGCUGGUGGAUCCGUCCAAGAAGCUCCAGGAGAAUUUCUGUUCUCGUCAUGAUGAGGUGAUGAAGAUCUUCUGUCGUACUGAUCAGCAGUGUAUCUGUUACCUCUGCAAUAUGGAAGAACAUCAAGACCAUGAAACAGUCCCCGCAGCAACAGAAAGGGCUGAGAAGCAGAAGGAGCUCCAGGAGAGUCGACAACAAAUCCAUCAGAGAAUCCAGGACCGAGAGGAAAUUGUGAAUUUGUUUCAACAGGAGGUGGAGGCCAUCAAUGUCUCUGCUGAUAAAGCAGUGGAGGACAGUGAGAAGAUCUUCACUGAGCUGAUCCGUCUCCUCCAGAAGAGAAGCUCUGAGGUGAAGCAGCAGAUCAGAUCCCAGCAGGAAACUGAAGUGAGUCGAGUCAAAGGUCUCCAGGAGAAGCUGGAGCAGGAGAUCACUGAGCUGAAGAGGAAAGACGCUGAGCUGGAGCAGCUCUCAAUCACAGAGGAUCACAACCAGUUUCUCCUCAACUACCCCUCACUGCCAGCACUCAGGGAGUCGACACACUCAUCCAGGAUCAAGAUCCGUCCUCUGAGAUACUUUACAGAUGUGACGGCAGCUGUGUCAGAGCUCAGAGACAAACUACAGGACGUCCUGAGAGACACAUGGAGAAUCAUUUCACUUAAGGUCAAUGAAGUGGAUGAUUUACUGUCAGAACCAGAGACCAGAACUGAGUUAUUAAGGUGUUUACAAGAAAUCACUAUGGAUCCAAACACAGCAAGCAUAUUUCUGUUAUUAUCUGAGGGGAACAGAAAAGUAACACUAACAAACCAACAACA